AUGGACAAACAAUGGAUACAUAAUCAUAAUAGAUGUGCUGUUGAGUACUUGGAUGGAAUACAUGCGUUCAUUGAAUUCGCAACUAGACACAACCUAGGUUCAACUCAUAUCCGAUGUCCAUGUAGGAGGUGUAACAACUCAACGUGGGAGACAUUCGAGAAUGUUCGAUUUCAUUUAGUAAGAAAUGGGAUGUUGGAGACCUAUACUACUUGGUAUCAUCAUGGAGAACGAUUAGACCAAGCUUCGUCUUCAUACGUGACACGAGUGGAAACUGUUGAAUGUAAUGUGGAUCCUAAUGAACAAGUUAUGAAUAUUCUAAAUGACGUUUAUCCAUACGCCUCGAGCAACACCAAUCAGGAAGGGGGAGAAGGGGGAGAUGACGGCCGUCCAACCAUGGACAGUGAGGCAUUCAAAAACUACGAAAAACUAUUGAAAAAUGCCAAGCAAAAAUUAUAUCCGGGUUGCGAGAACUUUUCAGUGCUCACAGCAAUUGUUGAGUUGAUGCAUGGCAAGAUCAAGUUUCGUUUAUCAAACAAGUGUUUUGAUUACUUUUUGGGAGUUAUCAAGAGGAUGCUUCCAAAGGAGAAUUGUUUACCUGAAUAUCAUAAAAGUGCCCAAAAAGUGUUGAAGGGUCUCGGAUUGGGGUAUGAAAAAAUUCACGCAUGUGUAAAUAAUUGUAUAUUGUUCUAUAAGGAGAACAAAGCGUUGGAUAAAUGCCCUGUCUGCAAUGAGCUGAGGUUUAAAAUGACAUCACAGAAUAGAAACACCAAGAUUCCACAAAAAGUAAUGCGCUAUCUUCCAUUGAAGCCUAGAUUGCAGCGAUUGUACAUGUCGAUGCAUACCGCAACCGACAUGAGAUGGCAUAAAGAAGGACGGGUAAAUGACGAUGUUAUGAGGCAUCCUGCAGAUGGAGAGGCAUGGAAAGAAUUCGAUCGGAUGUACCCUGAUUUUGCAGCUGACCCGCGCAACGUCAAAUUGGGACUUGCCACCGAUGGAUUUAAUUCGUUCGGGGUGUUAAACCUAAAGCACAGCACUUGGCCGGUCGUCGUGUUUCCUUAUAAUUUGCCACCUUGGAAGUGCAUGAAAAAAGAAUACAUGAUGUUGACUCUAUUAAUUAACGAAGAUCCAGGAAAGUCCAUUGAUGUUUAUUUGCGGCUGUUGGUUGAUGAGCUAAAAUAUUUAUGGGAAAACGGUGUUCGUACAUACGAUAAAUAUACUGGGUAG